AUGCCCCCAGUGCUUUCCAUACUUUCCCCUUCUGCUCCGCAUCAGUUCCCCCUCUCCUUCCCCUCUCCUCGCUGCUCCGUUCCUCUCCUCGCUGCUCCGUUCCUCUCCUCGCUGCUCCGUUCCUCUCCUCGCUGCUCCGUUCCUCUCCUCGCUGCUCCGUUCCUCUCCUCGCUGCUCCGUUCCUCUCCUCGCUGCUCCGUUCCUCUCCUCGCUGCUCCGUUCCUUUCCUCGCUGCUCCGUUCCUUUCCUCGCUGCUCCGUUCCUUUCCUCGCUGCCCCGUUCCUCUCCUCGCUGCUCCGUUCCUUUCCUCGCUGCUCCGUUCCUCUCCUCGCUGCUCCGUUCCUUUCCUCGCUGCUCCGUUCCUCUCCUCGCUGCUCCGUUCCUCUCCUCGCUGCUCCGUUCCUUUCCUCGCUGCUCCGUUCCUCUCCUCGCUGCUCCGUUCCUCUCCUCGCUGCUCCGUUCCUCUCCUCGCUGCUCCGUUCCUUUCCUCGCUGCUCCGUUCCUCUCCUCGCUGCUCCGUUCCUCUCCUCGCUGCUCCGUUCCUCUCCUCGCUGCUCCGUUCCUCGCUCACCUCGUAGCACGCAGCAAUCCCACCCGUUCCGCAGUCACUGUCGUCCCGCAUUCUCACCCGUUGCUCUCGCACCCUCCUCACUCGAGAACGAUGCCACCGCGCUUUCUCGCUCCCUCAAUCAAUCCCGUCCCUCUCUCACUUCCGUCCUUCUCUCACACCCGUCCCUCUCUCACACCCGUCCCUCUCUCACACCCAUCCCUCUCUCACACCCGUCCCUCUCUCACACCCUUCUCCCUCCCUCCCUUUCCCCUUCUCCUUCCCUCCUGCUGGUGAGUGCAGUGCUGGUGAGUGCAGUGCUGGUGAGUGCAGUGCUGGUGAGUGCAGUGCUGGUGAGUGCUGUGCUGGUGAGUGCAGUGCUGGUGAGUGCAGUGCUGGUGAGUGCUGUGCUGGUGAGUGCAGUGCUGGUGAGUGCUGUGCUGGUGAGUGCUGUGCUGGUGAGUGCAGUGCUGGUGAGUGCAGUGCUGGUGAGUGCAGUGCUGGUGAGUGCAGUGCUGGUGAGUGCUGUGCUGGUGAGUGCAGUGCUGGUGAGUGCAGUGCUGGUGAGUGCUGUGCUGGUGGUGCUGGUGAGUGCUGUGCUGGUGAGUGCAGUGCUGGUGAGUGCUGUGCUGGUGAGUGCUGUGCUGGUGAGUGCAGUGCUGGUGAGUGCAGUGCUGGUGAGUACUGUGCUGGUGAUUGCUGUGCUGGUGAGUGCAGUGCUGGUGAGUGCAGUGCUGGUGAGUGCAGUGCUGGUGAGUGCUGUGCUGGUGAGUGCUGUGCUGGUGAGUGCUGUGCUGGUGAGUGCAGUGCUGGUGAGUGUGGGGAAGGGAGUGGGCGAGGUGUAA